AACUUAAAGGGGGUCAAAAACUGGAGUGUAGUUGUCAGUUAAGUUUCUACUUUUUUCAUAUUGACAAACCCGAACGUGACCUGCUGGUUUAUUACACAGCAGUCUUUUAAGUUUUGAUUUCCUAACGUCACUGACAUUGUGAAGUGGGGCCCCACUAAGGUCUCUCCCCUUGCGUGUAUGCGUUCCCCUCAUGAGUCAAAGUUUAUCUAAUCUGUCCACACUGCUGUUCAGUUGAUCGAUCAAAGACCUGAUGCAAAUGUAGAGCACAUUCCCUUAUUCUGAUGUUGAUGCAAAAAGUUUGAGAAAUCGUUUUAUUUUCCGCAGUCCUAUUUACAUCCGCUGUCGUUGAAUCUAGUUCAGCUAUUGCCGUAUGUUGCUAAUCUUCUCCUAUUGGGCCCUUUCUCCGUUUUCGCUUUCGGUUUUCUGAACGGAGGGCUGGUCAUGCGAAGGCUUUAAAGAGCACCACUCGAAAGUAACAUACUGAUCUUCAGCAGUCGAGUGACAGCAGCACAGAUGGAGAUUAAGCUACGAGUGUAUCAGGAUGAGGUGGUGCAGACGGCUCUGAGAGGAGAGAACAGCAUCAUCUGGCUCCCUACAGGUGGAGGGAAAACCCGGGCUGCGGUCUACGUCACCAAGAAACACCUCGAGACCAAAGCCAAUGCUAAAGUGGCGGUGCUUGUCAACAAGGUGCACCUGGUAGACCAGCACUUUGAGAAAGAAUUCAGUCCUUAUCUUGGGAAAGAUUAUAGGAUCAUGGCCAUUAGCGGGGACAGCGAUGAGAAAGACUUCUUCGGACAUGUGGUCAAGAAAUCAGAUGUUGUGAUCUGCACUGCUCAGAUCCUGGAGAAUGCCCUGACCAACAAGGAUGAGGAGAAACACGUGGAGCUCACAGACUUCACCCUGCUGGUCAUAGACGAAUGCCACCACACACAUAAGGAUGCCGUUUAUAACAAAAUCAUGGGCCGCUAUGUCGAAAAGAAAUUGAGAAAGGGGGGAAAUUUGCCUCAGGUUUUGGGUCUUACAGCAUCACCUGGUACUGGAGGAAAUAGGACACUGGAUAAAGCUGUGGAACAUGUCCAGCAGAUCUGUGCCAAUCUGGAUUCUGUCAUUGUGUCCACCAAGAAUUACAAACCAGUGCUGCAAAAAGUCGUCCCCAGACCCAUGAAGCAAUAUGACAUUGUUGAAAAAAGAGCUCUGGACCCGUUUGGGGACCAUCUGAAGUCAAUGAUGUCAAUGAUUCACGAGUUCAUGCCGUCAACGGCGAGUGCGGGUCUGCGUGAGAAGGGCACCCAGGAAUAUGAAAAUGAUGUGGUGGAUCUACACCAAACAGGUGUACAUCAGGAGAACAGGCUGAUAGCUCAGUGUGCUCUGCAUUUGCGGCAAUACAAUGAUGCUCUCCUCAUCAAUGACACUGUUCGCAUGGUGGAUGCGUUCCGGCUUCUAGAUGACUACUACAAGUCAAGAGAAAACAACUUGCUGGAUGUCACUUACUAUUUUCUCAUGGGACUUUUUGAAGAAAACCGUGUAGAACUAAAGCAGCUGGCAUCAACCCCUCUCUACGAAAACCCCAAACUGGCCAAGUUGGAGCACACGCUGCUAGAACAGUUUAAGGACCAAAGUUCUCGCGGUAUCAUCUUCUCAAAGACCCGCAAGGGAACCCACUGUCUUCAUGAGUGGGUGAGCUGUAACCCUGAGCUGCGGAGGGCAAACAUCUGUGCUGGCAUUCUUACCGGAGCGGGCGUAGGGGCAAACCACAUGACCCAGAGGAAACAAAAGGAGACAAUCAAAGCAUUUCGAGAUGGAGAACUCAACCUCCUAGUAUCCACCAGUGUAGCUGAAGAAGGACUUGACAUCAAAGAAUGUAACGUGGUUGUACGUUACGGGCUGUUGACCAAUGAAAUCGCUCAGCAGCAGGCCAGUGGGCGGGCCCGUGCUGAGAACAGCGUCUACUCUGUGGUGGCUACAGAAGGGGGGCGUGAACUACGCAGGGAACUCACCAAUGAGUACCUAGAAGAACUGACCGGAAAAGCUAUUAACCAAGUGCAAAGCAUGAAUCCCAGGGAGUUCAGAAUAAAGAUCUUUGAGAUUCAAAAAACGGAUGUUUUGGCUCGGAUGCAGGCUGAGAAGAACAGGGGGAAAAAAGAGCAGCGCUACAAUCCUGCUGAAGUGCAGUUUCAGUGUAAAGGGUGCUUUACUCCUGUUUGCUACGGAAAAGAUAUCAGACAAAUAGAGAAUUCACACCGUGUUAACACCAAUCCUCAUUUUGAGAGGUAUUAUAAAGUAGGUGGGCCGGUGCAUCUGGAGAGACAGUUUGAAGAUUGGGAGCCUGGAAGGGUUAUUGAAUGCAGACGUUGUGGAGAGCACUGGGGAAUGGAGAUUAAAUUCAAGAAAGGGGCAAUACUCCCUUGUUUGAAAAUACAGAGUUUUUCCAUGAGCACUCCUCAAGGCAAAUGCUCACCCAAGAAGAAGUGGAGUAAAGUUGAGUUCAAAGUGGAAGAGUUUGACUUUACUAAGUACGUGGAAGACCAUUUAUCUGACCUGGACCUAGACGACUGACACGUCAUUACAUUUAUUUAUUUAUUUAAGAGAGCGUUUUAACCAAAGCCACUUACAAAUGAGAGAGCCUUUAACGUUUUGUCUGAGGACAGAACAAUAGUAGAUUACAAAGCCAUGUUUUCAAUUAAACAGCAGCUGUAGCUAGGACAAUAAACAAUAUAGAAGUUUUUUUUAUUAAACUUAGACUCAAAAUUGUCAAUUAGGUGUUAGUCAAGUGAGUAGGGAACAGGUGUUUUCAGUUGUUUCUUGAAGGUUUGUGGACUGGCGACAUUUUAAAUCAUGUAUUCUUAUUUCCAUUUUGAACAUUGUCUAUAGAUAUAUCUGCAAUUUUAAAACUGUUUUUAAAGUCGGUAUAGUAGUUACGUGUUUGUUUGUGCAUGUGUAUUAACGCUUGAAGGUAGUCUUAUUAUCCGUUUCAUCAUGCUUAUUGUUGUGUCCAUUUCUGGGAUCAGGGCAGUGAUGCACUUUGAUUAUUCAUUAUUGUUUACAUUUUUGUUUAUGCAUGGAAUGUGCAUUUCAGACACCUCAUGACACUUUUUGAGCUCUUGCCCAUCGGCCUGAGAUUGUGUGAAAAUUUUCAUAUAUUUCUGAAAGCUUUUAUGUAAUGGAAAGAUAAAAACUUUGAAGCCUAUUUAAAAAAAAAAUAUAUAAUAUAUGUCUGUCUUAUCACAGCUUUUAGGUCGCAUUAUGAAAAAAAUCUUACCGAAGAAAAUGUAUUUUUAAACCUUUUAAUAUUAAGAAUGCCAUGUUUAUUACAGUCAUAUUAUAAACAUGUGUGAAAUCUAUCAAAUAAAAUACAAUUAACGACGUUAAUUGAGUAUGUGUGGCAGUUUUACAGGUGGUAUACAUAUGCGUGUGUUUUAUUUAUUUGUAUGAGUCAGUACAGUGUAUUGGUCGCUAGAUGGCGCCAUGCAGUCCUGGUUUUCUUCAAUGUUAAUUGACUCUCGUUCACUCGAGUUAAUGUACGUGUUCAUCUCUGUUUUUCCCCCAUUUAAAUUUAGCUUUCGUUUAUUAUUAUUUGUGUACUAUUGGACCAUUUUUCUUCAAUUCAGACAUUGCGUUUGAGACUUUUUAAAUGAUUUCAUUUCAGAAACGUCAUUUUUUAACUUUUUUCAAAUUAUAUUACAUGUCAAUAUUUAUGUGUUUACCAACGACAGCAUAUAAAUUCAGCAUAUGCAUAUAAUUGUAUAAAAUUGAUGUGUUGAACAAUCACAGCAUUUGUGAAUGCCAUAUAGUGAUAGUGAAGUGAAAGUGAAAGUGAAAGUGACCUAUUUGUCAUUUAUGGUGACCCAUAACCGAAAUGUGACCUGAAAUGAUAAAAAUCAUACAUAUGUCUGCAUAAUGCAUAUAAUUUAAUUCAUGCAUUUGGAUUAGGAUUGUGUCACGGUCUUCAAGGCACAAAAUACAUCCGUUUGGGUUAUAUGUAAAUUUGGCCUUAAUAAUGGAAUUGUGGAUAUUAUCAGUGGAAAUCUUUGCUCUUUAUACAGUUAUUAAAUAAAUAAGACGUUACUCUGUAGAGAAUCAGUUUCUGCAAACUAGAUAACCACC